GUCAAAACAGAGAUUUCCACGUUAAUCAAUCUAUAAUGAUAGUUUCGUGAACAAAAUCUUAUCCAACCGGCCAUUCAUUUCCCUCCCUCCGCAUCUUUUCCGAUAAGAUUGUUGAAUUUUCGUUUCCUUACCAACCAAGCAACAACCUCAGUCCUCGUUCCUCGAGUUUACGCUCUCAAAUGUCUUCAUCUUCGAUCGCACAAAGCUCCGGAAUGUUACCCACCGGUUUCUCACACUCCUGAUCGCCGGAAAAUUCGAAAUCUGACGCCUGACGGCACCAAAUGGCCGUUCUGUUACCGUCGUCGGACGUCUCCUUGUUCUCCGCCGGCCGCCGUCCCGCGGGGAUCUUUUCAAAACUCAGAAAUUUUCACAAAGUCGCAAUUACUAACAACGGGAAGGAAAUUGUCGGGGCUAAGAUUUCUUCGAGUGUUAAGGAUAUGGAGGAGGCUGCUCGAGAUCUGAGUUUAGGGUUUAAUUUGGGGCUGUGCGACAGUUUCUCAGCAGCUAUGGCGGAGCCUGCCACGGCAUUUCCUUCGAUAAAGCCCAGCAAAGAGGAAGAGCAGAAGCAGGAUUACUAUCUCAACAUGGGCUACGCUAUUCGAACUAUCCGAGAGGACUUUCCGGCAUUGUUCUACCGGGAGCUAAGCUUUGAUAUAUACAGGGAUGAUAUUGUCUUCAAAGAUCCAAUGAACACUUUUGUGGGCAUUGAGAACUAUAAAUCAAUCUUCUGGGCAUUACGGUUCCAUGGCAGGAUGUUCUUCAGGGCAUUGUGGAUAGAUAUUGUUAGUGUGUGGCAGCCAGUGGAUAGCAUGAUAAUGGUCCGUUGGACUGUUCAUGGCAUCCCUCGUGUGCCUUGGGAGAGCCGGGGUCGAUUUGAUGGCACUUCAGAAUACAAACUUGAUAAGACCGGGAAGAUUUACGAGCACAAGGUCCAUAAUAUUGCUCUGAAUGCACCUCCAAAGUUUUCUGUGGUCGCGAUAGAAGAAAUGAUUCAAUACAUUAGCUGCCCUUCGAUGCCAAAGCCGACUUCCUUUGAGUCCUCCACGUGUUCCCCAAGUUUUAUCACAGACAAAACUGUCUCCAACAGCACAUAAUUGUUUGCUGUAAUCUGUCUUUCUACUGUAAAUACCUUUGGAGAAAUCCCUGUUACUCUUUUGCUGUCAGCUUGAGUCUAAAUCCACUCAGGCAUCUGUAAAAUUUUGUAUAGUAUAGCUUUCUUUGCAUAUUGCUACUUCAAAUCUCUAAACUUGUAAUGCCAUGUUUGUUUUCUUGGUUGGA